AUGGCUUCAUCGUCUCAGUUCAAACAGUUGGAAAAACUGGGAAAUGGUACCUAUGCUACCGUAUAUAAGGGAUUGAACAAGACGACAGGCGUGUAUGUGGCGCUGAAGGAGGUGAAACUCGACUCCGAGGAAGGGACGCCUUCUACAGCAAUUAGGGAAAUUUCGUUGAUGAAAGAGCUCAGACAUGAUAAUAUCGUAAGACUUUACGACGUCAUACACACCGAGAACAAGCUAACGCUUGUUUUCGAGUUCAUGGACAAUGACUUGAAAAAAUACAUGGACUCCAGGACCGUGGGAAAUGCGCCACAGGGGUUAGAGACGAAUUUGGUCAAGUACUUCGAAUGGCAGCUGUUACGUGGUGUUGCAUUCUGUCACGAGAAUCGAAUCUUGCACCGGGAUCUCAAACCCCAGAACCUACUGAUAAACAACAAAGGACAGCUCAAAUUGGGCGAUUUUGGUCUUGCGCGUGCGUAUGGAAUCCCUGUAAACACGUUUUCGAGCGAAGUCGUGACUCUUUGGUAUCGCGCGCCGGACGUGCUAAUGGGGUCUCGGACGUAUUCGACCUCGAUCGACAUAUGGUCGUGCGGGUGUAUUUUGGCAGAGAUGAUCACGGGGAAACCGCUUUUCCCCGGUUCGAACGACGAAGAGCAAUUGAACAUGAUAUUUGAGACGAUGGGUACGCCCACGGAACGCACGUGGCCCGGGGUCUCGACGUUACCUAAAUAUAAUGCGCAAUUCAAACAACAUCUACCUAAGGAUUUGAGGGCCAUUUUGCAAAGUCAAACGCAAGGCACGAUCGAUCCCGUGGUGAUGGACCUCCUCUACGCGCUCUUACAACUUAAUCCUGAUUCAAGAAUCACUGCUGGCCAAGCGCUGAAUCACUCCUGGUUUGCGGAGUAUUAUCAAUAA